AUGAUCUCUAACGGACUAGCGUCACAAGAUUUGAAAAGUGAAGAAACAUGUAAUAGGCAUACGGUGCAUUUUGGUGAAAUUAUUCAUACAAAUGAUGAUGGUUCACCAUCAGUAGCGAUCGAUGGUGACAAUAGGCACGUUUUAUUUACAACAGAUCAGUCAAAUCAACAAGUGAAUAGUCGACAGAAAUCCGGUAUACUUAAACGUCGAGAAAACACAAUCACAACAGCUGAUGCACCACGCAUAACUUUGUCAGAUGAAGGACUUAAAGCUGGUCGAGUAUCACCUUUUAUCAAUUUCCCUCUAUUUCUUAGCAUGACUAUUCAGAGUGUGGGGGUCAUAUUUGGCGAUAUUGGAACAUCUCCUUUAUAUGUCCUCAAAACAUUAUUUGAUUCUCCCCCAGAGGAAGAUGCAGUAAUUGGUGCUAUAUCAUUAAUCGCAUGGAGUUUAAUUGUUAUUGUCUCAUUAAAAUAUGCUAUAUUCAUAUUAAUGGCAGACAACCGUGGUGAAGGUGGUCCAUUUGCUUUAUGUGGUUUAUUGACUGGUCCAACUGAUCUUCACUAUCGUACUAAACAACUUGUUAGUGUUGUAUCUAUGAUUGCUGCUUGUUUAUUGCUUGGCGAUGGUGCUCUAACACCAGCUGUAACGAUUUUAUCGGCAUUUGAAGGUUUAGUCUUUGUCAAUCCAUCGCUUCAAUCUUGGACUGUACGAUUAUCUGUCAUUAUAAUAAUAUGUUUAUUUUUGGUUCAACGAUGGGGUUUAUCUCGUAUUGGAAUGCUUUUCGGACCAAUUAUGAUGUUAUGGUUUAUUCUAUUAGCAACUAUUGGCAUAUGGCGUAUUACAUAUAAACCUGUUAUAUUCAAAGCAUUGAAUCCAUGGAAAGCAAUGCAUUAUUUAAUUAAAACUAAAAAGCAAGGCUUCUAUCAAAUUGGUUCUGUUUUUUUAUCAGUGACUGGCUUAGAAACACUGUAUGCUGAUUUGGGAUAUUUUGGACGAUGGCCUAUAAGAUUUUCAUGGUUUACUUUGAUUUUUCCUGCCGUUUUACUUAAUUAUUUAGGACAAGGAGCACUUAUCAUUUUAUAUCCAACAUUUAUUGAUAAUCCAUUCUAUCGUUCAGUACCACAUUGGGCACUCAUACCAAUGCUUGUAUGUUCAGUUAUAGCAGCCACCAUAGCUUCACAAUCUAUCAUAAGUGGUUCAUUUUCGUUAGUUUCACAAGCUAUAGCAAUGGGCUUUUGUGUUCCUUUUACUGUAAUUCAUACAUCUCGUUCAAUAAUUGGCCAAAUUUAUGUUCCAGCUAUAAAUUAUUUUCUUUUAGCUCUUACUCUUGCUGUAACGAUUGGUUUCCAAACAAGUAAUCGUAUUACAGAUGCCUACGGAGUAACAGUAUGUAGUCUUAUGGUUAUAACAACGAUUCUCUAUAUGAUGGUUAUGCGUUGGACUUGGUUAAAACCAAUUUGGCUUGUGGCUUUAUUUGGAAUUUUUUUAAUUAUUGAUCUAUAUACAUUUGCCGCAAUUUAUGCAACAAAAAUUGCUUCAGGGGGUUGGGUUGCUAUUAUUAUUGCAUUUAGUCUUUUCAUAUUCUCAUUUAGUUGGUUUUAUGGAAAUACUCGUCUUAAUCAUUAUUUAUCUAAAAAUUGUAAAACAAAUUCAAUAGAAGAUUUACCAAAUCAACUUGGACUUAAAGGUUUUGAUUGUCUAUUAAAUGAUGACGAACAAUCAAAUAUAAUUUUAACUAAUAAUGAUGAUGAUGAUGAUGACGACGAUCAGAGACCCAAAACCAAGAACAAUAAGAGAACACGAUUAAUAAAUAGUGAACAACAAAAAGAUUCAAUAUCGAUUGUAGAAAAUCUUCAAACUUCUAUCUCAGUAGAAAAUGUCGAAGGUAGUAAUUUAAUUAAAAAUAACUAUGUAAUAAUUCGAGGCGUUGGUUGUUUUCUAACAACAUCGAAAAAAUUUACUCCGUAUGUAUUUGAAAAUUUUCUUAAUCGAACGCAUGCUCAUCAAGAAAUAUUAAUAUUUCUUAAAAUUGAAUAUGCACGAAUGCCAAGUGUUGAUGAUGAUCAACGUUUAAUUGUUCGAACUUUUGGGAAUAAUAUUUUUCAUAUAACAUCAAUAUUUGGCUAUGCAGAAACAAAUAUUAGCCUUUUUAAAAUUCUUCAUUUAGCACAACAACUCUACAACGUUCCUAUUACAACCGAUGAAUCAAAAAUUACUUUUUUUCUUCCAAAUGAAACAAUACAUGUUAAUACACAUGGAUGGAGAGCUUGGCUAAGAUUUAUUCCAUUAUAUAUUUAUUCUAUAUUAAAGCAAUUAUAUCCAGGAAUACCAUUAAAUGUUAAAUCAGUACCAGAGAAUACGAUUUAUGUUGGAAUUCUUGCUGAUUGCUAA